AUCGCAGCUAGGUAAACCAUGGCAGCAGCGAUGGGACGAAGACUCCUCCAGGAGGCAGAGCAAGCAGCGGCAGAGCCCACUGUCACCUUCCCCGAUGACUACCCCAACUCUGUCCGCCACUUCCUCCUCAUUGGCUUCUUGGGCAUGUUCAUCGGAGCCAUUGUGUUCUUCUACAUGGGCAUCUCCCGCAAGGUCAACACCGUGAUGCACGUGUUGACCUUCUUCAUCGCUGCGGUCUCCGCAUGCUCCUACUACGCCGAGUGGGCUGGUCUCGGAGUUGAGUACAAGACCACCGACACCACCCCCCGUGUGAUCUUCUGGGCCCGCUACUUGGACUGGGUUGUCACUGGACCGCUCAUCCUCACCGACCUCGCCCUCCUCUCCAAGUCGGACACCCCAACCAUCAUCUCGCUUGUCGGCAACAUGGUCCUGUACGUGAUCUGCGGCCUCAUUGGAGCCCUCACCGUCGCCCCCUACAAGUACAUGUGGUGGGUCGCUGGAUUGAUCUUCUUGAUCAUCGUCUUCAUGCUCCUCCUCCAGCGCCUCAACAACGCUGAGGGCUAUGGCGGUGACGCUCUCAAGGGCCUCACCUGGCUCACCAUCUUGGUGUGGAUCGUAUACCCCAUCGUGUGGAUUGUUGGCUCCGAGGGAACUGGCGCUCUUGGACUUUCCCAGGAGGUCGGCAUCUUGACCAUUGCGGACUUGAUUGCCAAGAUCGGCUUCGGCUUCUACCUUUUGGCGAACGUUGAUGCUCCUGAGAGCGAGACUGUGCCCCUUAACCAGUCCUCCCAGCAAUAUGUUUAAUCAGUAGCCUAACGUUUCAUUAGACUGGAAUGCUUUAGAUUUCACUCGGCACUUAUGUGGUGCUGUCGAAUCCCUUUUUCGCUGAAAUAUUAAACUUCAAGACGUUACAUG